GAGCGCUGCAUCGCUAACUAUAGGGUUUGCUGGGAGGUGUCCUGGCCUCCCUGUUGAAGCUGCAUUUCCAAUUUAGCUGCCUGCUCCUUUGCUCUGUGGUCCUUCAGGACGGGCUUUAAUUCCAGUCUUGAUUUCCACUGCUUUCAGGGUUUGGAAGCAUAGCCUCUCAAGUGCUGGGGCAGAGGGAAGCGGAGGAGCCGGGACCGGCAGCGCUGAGGGGUCUCUGCAGAGAAUGGGGGCUCAGUCACUUGGGAGUCAUCCUGGCCUCUCUCUUGGUAGAGACUCGAAGCAGCUCGCCCUCGGAACAGACCUCCUUGGGCGUGGAAAGCCCUGAAAUUCUGGAGCGAGUGCUCGCUGAACUCCUCUCGGACCCUGAGAAUGAAUUAUCUGACUUCCCUGGGAACCUCGUGCUGCGAACAUUUCUAACCUUAUAAGGCUGCGUGUGCUGAAGGGCUCUGUGUCCUGGCCAGGAAACAAGGUGGCUUAGAACUGCUCUAAUGUGAACAAGUAGAGUACGUUGACUGUCCUUGGCUUUUUUUCUAAGGUGUAGUUGCUGAAGCUCUGUAAGAUGGCUUUGCGCUUCCGCAACUUCGUCCCGUACGCCAUCCCCGGAGUGCUGGCGCUUCUCGGCUGCUGGUGGAUAUAUUCCUGGAGGAAGAAGUACGCGAGCUAUCGCGACAAACAAGCAAUAGCCAUUGGAAGGGAAAAGAAGGAAGAAGUGUCAGAGAGCGGUUCAGCCCCCAAACCAGAAGCGUGUGUUCCUCGCAGGCGGCCUCACUCGGUGCCAGAGGAAUGCCCGGAGCACAGACCCCCGACCCCCCUGCCCACCCCCCUGCCGCCCCCCCUGCCGCCCGCGGGCCCGACGACGCCCUCUCCUCUGUGCCAAACUCACGAGAGGCCGGAUCUCUCACAGGACCUUCCAGACCUGUCGGGAACGACAGUUCAGCCCAGCACCCACGAGGACGACAGUGAAAAACUAGAAAGGAUAGGAUCCCAAGAGGAAAGCGGUGCCCCUGCUCGUGCUCCCCUCCCUCGGGUCCCAGAGAGUGCGGAGCUGAGCCAGGCACAGGGGUCAAGCCCCAGUGCAGACCGGGGUCAGCAGCCAUCAGCACCCCUGGCACAAGAGUCUUUGGGAGCCAAGGUGGAGAUCAGCAAUGCAGAGCAGUCAGAUGAGUCUGCGUUUAAGCCCCCUGAGGAAAAGCAGAUGCCAGAAGUUGUGCAGUCGGAUACUGGCCCUGUGACAGCCCAUUGCUUGGGAUUGGAGAAAGAAACCAAUGCCCCACAAGCCUUUGUCAGUAAGGAAGCUGAAGUUGUCUCAAGUCACAAGGAUUCUGCAGUGAAGAUGUUACCAGGGAGUUUGGAGCCUGCCUGUUUGAAGCAGUCCAGGGACGAGGAGAUGCCCAAGUCCAUUGCCAGUGUGCCAGUGGGUCGGGAGGACACGCAGCCAAAAGGAGAUGAGUUGGAAAGAGAGAAGAUUGGAGGAGUGAGUUUGGACAAGGAAGUUGAGAAAAUUGAGCAAGUAGCAAUACAGUUCAUUUCCAAGGUUAUUUUGGCAGCAACUGAGGAAGUGCUGUCAGGUUCUGCAGGCCAGGCGUCCCCUCGGACGUGCCAGGCCACUGCUGGCCGGGCUGAGGCAGCUCUGGGGGCAGGGAGUGGUGCUGCCCUGGGGGCAGGGAGUGGUGCUGCCCCGGGCCAGGGGCUCACGGAGGGAGCAGCAGCCAACAGGACCCCACUGCCCACACCCCCACGGGCAGAGGAGCAGGGCCAGGGUGCCACAGGCUCCAGCUGUCCUGCACACGGCUGUGCAGCCAGCCCUGGCCAGGGAGACACAGGAGACUGUGGGGUGAAGAGCUGUGAGGGCAGGGAGUCCCAGAGAGUUGAUCGGACUCGUGUGGAAAACCACAGAGGGCCACUGAAAAAGUCAUCUUUGGCCCUGGAGGACUCUGGGUACAGCACACACACAUCCGAAGGUGGGACGAGUGUAGAGGACCUGCUGCAGAACACGGUGCUGUCUGUCACGUCAGACCAGCUGUCGGACUCACUGAGCACUUCUGCAGCCCAAGACACAUCUGCUGAGCAGAGCUUGGUGCCAAGGGAAAGCCCUCCUGCUCUGGGGCUGCCUGGAGACAGCUCAGUGCCAUACAGCAAUGGGAUCCUGAAGGAGGAUGGGCCAGACUCGAGCCAGGAGUGUAGUAGUGCGGCAGGGAUGGAUGGAGAUCACUCGGAAGGUUCGGAUGCAAACAGCGUGGAUUUCGUGGACAGUGGCUGUGCCAUGAGGAAGACAGUGGCUCGCCAGAAUGCCAAGCUGGAAGGAGGAUCCAGCAAACCCGACUUUGUUAUCUGGGAGAUCGAGGUCCCAAAGGAAUUAGUUGGCCGUUUGAUUGGCAAACAAGGGAGAUUUAUGAGCUACUUGAGGCAAAUGUCCGGUGCCAAAAUUUACGUCUCAACACUACCUUACUUCCGUGACUCCCAAGUCUGUCACAUCGAAGGGACCUCGCAUCAAGUAGAAAAAGCCCUGAGCCUGAUUGGCAAGAAGUUCAAGGAGCUGUGUCUCACCAACAUCUACACCCUCCCUCCGCCCAUGCCGGUGCCGCUCCAUUCCCUCCUCGUCUCUGCCUGGCUGUUCCUCCCCGAUGGGGUGACUGUGGAGGUGGUGGUGGCACACCAGGUCGAUGCAGGGCACAUGUUCCUGCAGCAGCACACGCACCCCACCUUCCACGUCCUGCGGAGCCUCGACCAGCAGAUGUUUGCCUGCUAUUCCCAACCCGAAAUUCCAACCCUGCCCACUCCGGUAGAAGUUGGUAUUAUCUGUGCAGCCCCAGGCCUGGAUGGGGCAUGGCUCCGGGCUCAAGUCAUCAACUACUUUGAAGAGACCGAUGAAGUGGAGCUCAAAUACGUGGACUACGGAGGAUACGACAAAGUGAAGGUCGACACACUCAGGCAGAUCAGGUCUGAUUUUUUAACACUACCUUUCCAAGGAGCAGAAGUUUUACUAGACAAUGUGGUGCCACUUUCAGACGAGGAUCACUUCUCCUCGGAAGCCGACGCCGCUGUCAGUGAGAUGACCAGAGGCGCCGUCCUCGUGGCACAGGUCACAAAUUACGACAGUGUCACGGGGCUGCCGCUGAUCCAGCUGUGGAACCUGAUGGGGGAUGAGGUAGUGUCAAUAAACAGGACUCUGGUGGAAAGAGGGUUUGCUCGGUGGCUUGACUACUAAAGAUGUCCCAGAUGCCUUGACAACUCUUUCUGCCGAGAAAAACAAAAGACAAAAAUCUUGUUUUGCACUGUUACAAUUUGGUUUGGCAACUUCCCCUGAGAAGACCCGUUUACACCUGCCCUGCCUGUGGAGUUCUGUGGUCCAUUGAAACAUGUUUUACUCAACUGUUACCAUUUCAGUAGAACAGAUACCUCAUCUCCUGACGGGGUGUUCAAAGCCAUAAUGACAGAUACUGUAGCUUUAAAGCAAAAAGUCCUCCCUGGCCUCUGCUCAAAAGUUGAAUGGAAAACACCCCUCCCAGCCCUGGGGCUGGCUGGAGGCAAAGCCCCCCAGUCAGUCCCCGUGGUCGGGCUCCCGCUCGGUCGUGCCCCGUGAACUCGGUGUCUGCUCUUUCCCAAAAGUUACAUCGGUUGUCCUUUUUUUUUUAACGGGCUCUGCCUCUGUAAUUAAUGAUUGUGAUUAAGGAAUUUAAUGUUCAGUUAUGGAUUUUUCUACAUGGUGCCACUAGCCCGCACAAACAGCAUCCAUCUUGUGUCUUCCUGGUGCCGGGAGGGGGAGGAGUGGCGGUCGCUGCUCUUCCCGUGUCCCACUGCAAUCAUGGAUUUUAGGCUUGACCUGCUCUCCCUGCAGGGGCUUGGAGUGCAGGAUGUGUUACCACUACAGUUUUUUUUUUUGCUCUGAAACAUCAUGUAUUUAAAGAAAAGAAGUGCUUGCCAAGCCCAAUUGUAGUUUAUAUUUUUCUAGCUGUGCAAGUCUGUAAAUAUAUAUUAAAAAAAAAAAUCAUUGUAAUAUUUUGUACAAGAAAAAAACACUGGAAACAAAGGGAACUUUACAGAAACUUUUUCACACCAAAAUGUCCUAUAUAGGUAGAACUGGUUUGGAGUGCAUUAGGGUAGCCAAAUAAUUUGGAGCAUCCAAAUGUUGGGAGUGUUUCAGCUCUGCUGUAUCAGGAUUAGUGUCCCCCUUAGGUUGCUGUCUGGUUGGAAUUGUGAUCGCUGCAUCCUUUGCUAUGUUGCUGUACAGAUCUGUUUAAAAAAAAAAAAAAAGUAACAACUUUGGCAUUACUCUUGCAGUGGUGUUCUCUCUCAAUUUUUUUUUUUGUUGCUCCUUUUUAGAUUUCUAUUAUAUAUUUAAAAUUUUGCUCAAGUAAUUUAAGCUGACUUAAUGCUCUUAAAGACAUGCCCUCUAAUGUGUAUCAUUUUAGAUAUGGAUUGAGCUGGGAUUUAUUGCUGGUAGAGAAGAUACUUGCCAGAAAAAUGUUGGUGUAGUCAGGCCUCAGAAGUUGUUUCAGGUGAGUCAAGGAUGUGCUGACAUCCUGUGAGUUAACAUGCCAGUGCAUCACACAUUUGGACAGUUGCCCACUCAAGCCUUUGGUCCAAUCCCCCCUGAUAGGGAAGGGUUAUAUCCUUUCUUGGAGUUCUCCCCAAUUUGGCACUUCUGAUUUAAUGUUCAUGUUUGCAGGAACCUCCAAUGAAAACUAAAUUUGGUAACUCAGAUCUAUUAAAAAUAUAUCCUUUUGGAAUGUUUCUUUCCAUUUCAAUUAAAGCUCGAAUUUUAAGCCGUCUUAAUCAAA